AAAGAUGCUGCGACAAGUAAAACCCAAAAAUGCCCGCGCAAAACGGGCAAUAGACAAGCGGGCGCCGCAGACGCACGAGAACCCCAAGACGACGCUCUUCCUCGCCGGCCAGAAGACGUCCCAGAUCCUCAAGCUCGCCACGGCAGACUUGCGCACUAUGAAGAAACCCCUUGUCGAGAGCUUUAUGAAGAAGAAUGACAUCCACCCCUUCGAGGACGCUUCAUCACUAGAGUUCUUCUCCCUCAAAAACGACACCUCCCUUAUCGUCCUCUCCCUGCACUCUAAAAAACGCCCGCACUGCCUCACCCUCUGUCGCACCUUCGACCACAAGAUGCUCGACAUGCUUGAGCUGUAUGUAAACCCCUCCACAUUCCGCACACUCCAGCAGUUCAAGAACAAGAAGCCCGCCGUUGGCCUCAAGCCUCUCAUCUCCUUCCACGGCACCGUGUUCGAGGACCCGAAUCAGACAAAGUGGACCCUGGCAAAGAGCUUGUUGCUAGAUUUGUUCAGGGGACAAGAGGCGACAGAGGUGGAUGUGGAAGGUCUGCAGUAUUUGAUAAGCAUAAGCGCGGCGGAGCCGGAAGAGGGAAAGCCACAACCGGAGCUACAUAUUCGCUUCUACUUGAUCAAGACAUUGCGCUCGGGGCAGAGGCUCCCGCGCGUCGAAGUCGAAGAGAUGGGCCCCAGGAUCGACGCAACCCUCGGCCGCGAACAGUUGCCUGAUCCCGACGUACUCAAGGCGGCACUGAAGAAGCCAAAGGGCGCGGAAGCGAAGACCAAGAAGAACAUCGACAUGGAUAUCAUGGGUGAUCAGGUCGGCAAGAUACAUGUGGGCAAGCAGGAUUUCACCAAACUACAGACGCGAAAAAUGAAGGGCUUGAAGAGGGGAAGAAGUCCGGCCGAGGACGCAGCAAUGGCGGAUGUGAAUGAUGUUAGUGAUGAUAGUGGCGAUGAGGAGGAGGUGCCGUUGUCGAAAAGGUCGAGGGUUUGAAGGAGAAAACAGCCAUCUUUUGCAUGGGCGGCGUUACAGGCACUUUCGGCGUAUAGACGUAUACCAUUUCUGACAAAGUACAUGGAACGCU